AUGGCUGUUGGAAAGAACAAGCGCUUGUCGAAGGGCAAGAAGGGUAUCAAGAAGAGGACCGUUGAUCCUUUCUCCAGAAAGGAUGAGUACUCUGUGAAGGCACCCUCCACUUUCCAGAUCAGAGAUGUUGGAAAGACUCUGGUGAACCGCACCAGUGGUCUCAAAAAUGCAAACGACUCGCUCAAGGGCCGGAUUUUCGAGGUUUCCCUUGCCGACUUGCAGAACGACGAAGACCACGCUUUCCGUAAGGUCAAGCUUCGUGUGGACGAGAUCCAAGGGAAGAACUGUUUGACCAACUUCCACGGCCUCGACUUCACGACCGAUAAACUGCGAUCCCUGGUGCGCAAGUGGCAGUCGCUCAUCGAAGCCAACGUCACUGUGAAGACGACCGACGACUACCUCCUUCGUCUGUUUGCCAUUGCUUUCACUAAGAGGCGCCCCAACCAGAUCAAGAAGACCACAUACGCCCGCUCCUCUCAGAUCCGCGCCAUUCGGAAGAAGAUGACCGAGAUCAUCCAACGCGAGGCCGCCAGCUGCACUCUUUCUCAACUCACCACGAAGCUUAUCCCUGAGGUUAUCGGCCGCGAGAUUGAGAAGGCGACGCAAGGAAUCUACCCUCUCCAGAAUGUCCACAUCCGCAAGGUUAAGCUUCUCAAGGCCCCCAAGUUCGACCUGGGCGCUUUGUUGAAUUUACAUGGCGAAUCCACCACCGACGACAAGGGUCACAAGGUUGAGAGGGAGUUCAAGGAGCAGGUUCUUGAGAGCGUCUAA